ACUAUAGUAUUACUACUAAUUAAACUUGCUUCUCGCUCCUCACGGAUUUCACGGCGAUUCUCGAAUUCCGUGCAGAUCUACACUAGCCUAUUAUAGGUUUUGCUUCUUUUGUAAUCAAGUGCUCCAACGCUCGUCGGAAAAUGGCUUACACGAUCCCCGGCGUGCGGGUGCCUGGGGUUCCAUCGCCGUGCAACCUCGGGACCGAUGGCUGGAACUCUCGCGCUCGCGUCUCGCUGUUUCUUAAGAAUAAAUCCAAUUCUCGUGACUGUGGGAUGAUUUUCGCAGGGAAGUCAACUGAUUCUGGCUCCCAAUCAUCUAUGGCAACUACAUCAAAGAAGGUUCUUGUUCCAGGCACUGAAGAUGAUGAGCUCUCAUCUCCAACUGAGGAAUUGGAGAUAUCAGGGGAUAUAGAAAGUUCCGAAAUAGAACGCGGUCUAAACGUUGAAGAUGAAGAAAAUAUAGUUGAUCUUAGCUCCAGUGAAGUUAUUACAGGGGAAGAUCCUGCUUCUGUACGACUACCAGAUGCAUAUGCUGAAAGAAAAGCUGAAGGAACAUCAGACUCAACAUAUGAAACAAUAAGCAGUGAAUCUAUGAGGAUAAGAGGGAAGAUCAUUCCUCCUCCUGGUACUGGUCAGAGAAUAUAUAAAAUAGAUCCAAUGCUGAGCAGUCACCGCCAGCAUCUUGAUUAUAGGUAUGACCAGUAUAGAAAAUUGCAUGCAUCAAUUGACAAGCAUGAAGGUGGAUUGGAGGUCUUUUCUCGUGGUUAUGAGAAAUUUGGUUUUGUUCGCAGUGAGACAGGUAUUACUUACCGCGAAUGGGCACCUGGUGCUAAGUCAGCUGCACUUAUUGGAGAUUUCAACAAUUGGAAUGCUAAUGCUGAUGUCAUGACUUGUAACGAAUUUGGUGUUUGGGAAAUCUUCUUACCAAACAAUGCUGAUGGAUCCCCUGCUAUUCCGCAUGGUUCCUAUGUGAAGAUCCGUAUCGAUACUCCAUCUGGCGUUAAAGAUUCUAUUCCAGCUUGGAUCAAGUUCUCUGUACAGGCUCCUGGGGAAAUUCCAUACAAUGGAAUAUAUUAUGAUCCUCCUGAAGAGGACAAGCAUGUUUUUAAACAUCCCCGUCCCAAAAAACCAAAAUCACUGCGGAUAUAUGAAUCUCAUGUUGGAAUGAGUAGUAAGGAACCUGUUAUCAAUACAUAUGUAAACUUCAGAGAUGAAGUUCUCCCUCGCAUCAAGAAACUAGGGUAUAAUGCUGUUCAGAUAAUGGCAAUUCAGGAGCAUUCGUAUUAUGCAAGUUUUGGCUACCAUGUGACGAAUUUCUUUGCACCAAGCAGCCGCUUUGGGACUCCAGAUGAGCUUAAGUCUUUAAUAGACAGAGCUCAUGAGUUAGGCUUGCUUGUUCUCAUGGAUAUUGUGCACAGUCAUGCAUCAAAUAAUACUUUGGAUGGUUUGAACAUGUUUGAUGGCACUGAUGCCUGUUACUUUCACUCUGGAUCGCGGGGUUAUCAUUGGAUAUGGUGGUUAGAUGAGUAUAAGUUUGAUGGCUUCAGAUUUGAUGGGGUGACGUCAAUGAUGUAUACCCACCAUGGUUUAGAGGUGGCAUUUACUGGGAACUACAACGAGUAUUUUGGGUUUGCAACGGAUGUUGAUGCAGUGGUCUAUUUGAUGCUGGUCAAUGAUAUGAUUCAUGGGCUUUUUCCUGAAGCUUUGUCGAUAGGUGAAGAUGUCAGUGGAAUGCCAGCCUUUUGUAUUCCGCUCAAAGAUGGAGGUAUUGGAUUUGACUAUCGUCUACACAUGGCUAUUGCUGAUAAAUGGAUUGAGACGCUUAAGAAAAGGGAUGAAGAUUGGAAAAUGGGAGAUAUUAUACACACAUUAACAAACAGAAGGUGGAUGGAAAAAUGCGUCUCCUAUGCAGAAAGUCAUGACCAAGCUCUUGUUGGUGAUAAAACUAUCGCAUUCUGGUUGAUGGAUAAGGAUAUGUAUGAUUUCAUGGCAUUGGAUAGACCAUCCACACCUGUAAUAGAUCGUGGAAUAGCCUUGCACAAGAUGAUCAGGCUUAUAACAAUGGGAUUGGGUGGGGAAGGAUACUUAAAUUUCAUGGGAAAUGAAUUUGGACAUCCUGAGUGGAUAGAUUUUCCUAGAGCCGAUCAAUAUCUUCCUAAUGGCGAAGUCAUCCCAGGAAAUGGCUUCAGUUAUGACAAAUGCAGGCGUAAAUUUGAUCUGGGUGAUGCAGACUAUUUGAGAUAUCGUGGAUUGCAAGAAUUUGACCGAGCGAUGCAACAUCUUGAAGAAACAUAUGGCUUCAUGACAUCAGAGCAUCAAUACAUAUCCAAGAAAGAUGAAGGAGACAGAAUAAUUGUAUUCGAGAGGGAUGACUUAGUCUUCGUCUUCAAUUUUCAUUGGAGCUGUAGUUAUUCAGAUUACCAAGUAGGCUGCUUGAAGCCUGGAAAAUACAAGGUUGUGUUGAACUCAGAUGAUUCGCUAUUUGGAGGAUUCAACAGAAUUAGUCAUGAUGCCGAAUAUUUCACCUUUGAAGGGUGGCAUGAUGAACGGCCGCGUUCAUUCUUAAUCUAUGCACCUUCGAGAACAGCAGUGGUGUAUGCGUUAGUAACAGAUGAAACAGAACCUGUUGAUGUUGAAACUGGUAUUAUUGAAGCCUAGCUUUGUGAAUGAGUUGGUGAUUCUGGUUUAUGACUCCAGCUUGCUAUUCUGUCCACUGCAACAAUCCGGGGGGAUCAGAACCCUUGAAGAAGCAAAAACAAAGUCGAAAAAUGAUGAACCACUUGGAGCUAGCCUGAUAUAGCUUAAAUCCCCAUUGCCCAGUGGCUAUAUCUCAAGCUUUUCUGAGCAAUGAAAAAAUCCAUAAUUAACUGUGUAUGGAAAUCUCGACCGUGCAUCCUGCUCGGCACUUGUAAAGAAUUCAGAUGGGAUAUUCCGACUAUGAUGAAUGUAAUCUCCAUGUAUAUCCUUGUUCGUAUUCAGAGGGUAUUUAUCCUCUUUAAGCCCGACUUACCUCAUGUUAAAAUAUAGUGGUAUCGUUUCUUGUGUC